UUACGUAGACGCGCGUGAGUUGUGAAAUGUUCCCAGGCUCACACUCCAUCCACUCUGCAACUAUAAAUACGCUUCGAACGUAACGCUGAUCACAACAUCAUCAUCAACAACAAGCAGAUCAAUCUCUCUCUCUCUCUCAACCAUAAUAGUCAUGGGUUUGAAGGAGGAUUUUGAGCAGUAUGCUGAGAAAGCAAAAACUUUGCCACCGACUCAAUCAAACGAAGACUUGCUUAUCCUUUAUGGAUUGUACAAACAGGCCACCGUUGGACCUGUCAACACCAGCCGUCCUGGAAUGUUCAACAUGAGGGACAGAGCUAAAUGGGAUGCAUGGAAAGCUGUUGAAGGGAAAUCCAAGGACGAAGCAAUGGGUGAUUACAUCAUUAAGGUGAAACAGCUGCUGGAAGCAGCUGGCUUGCCUGCUUGAUAACAUUGUCAUGCCUUGCUUUCUGAUUCUGUGCUAGAAGUUCACAACAGUUUGGAAAUAAACAAUUGCAGUGUUUGAAGCUUUUAUUAUCAUAAUCAUAUUUAUUUCUAAUGAUUUAGACAUGUUGCUUUUGAGUUUAGUUAUCUGUAUCACUGUUAUUGGAAAUGCCUGUAGACAGAUGCUGAGGACCUGAAAAUUUCUGUCUAGUAUAAUUAAAACUACUUCGACUUUUGACUUAAAGUUUGCUUGAUCUCGCACUUUAUGUCUCAAGUCUCAACUCUCAGUGAUAUGAAUCUGAAUUUGGUUAGA